AUGGUUCCGUUUCGUGGGUCCGAUAUUCCUCAAUGUUCAUUAUUGAUUAGCGUGACUCCACAGUUUCUGUUAUCUUUGGUCUCGUAUUGGAAAGAAAUAACUAUUACGCUCACAAGAAUCACUCAGGUUUUAGACUCCAAUUUGAAAACUACUCCACGUUACAACUCAAAUGUUCUUUACAGCCUAGUUGUUUUGUAUAAGCAUAUCAUCUGUGGACCUUGUAUUAUACUCCCUGAUGAAUCAGGUUGCAAACUAGUAACCAGUAGUUUUUGA